AUGUCGUCCACGGAUUCAAAAACCAAACUUCGGCCGCAGCAGUCGUGUCUGAAAUGCCGCGAGCGCAAAGUCAAGUGCGAUCGUUCCCGACCUUGUCAUGCCUGUAUCAUCCGCGGCCUCGAAGCCGAUUGUACCUACCUUGCCACCGCUGAAGACCACGCCCAUAUCAGCCAGGCCGAGAUCAUCGAUCGGCUACGGCGCGAGGUCGCACAGUUGCGGGGCCAAUUGAGCCACGGUCCUCGCCCCCGACGGCCCAGUCCAGGCAGUAUGCGCCAGCGGAAAUUCUAUGCGCGGACACAGAAUGGCAUGAGAAAUGCGAAUACCGCUGUCGCAGUAGCUGCAGGCACCGGCGCGGCGGCAGCGGCAGCAGCAGGAGGAGGAGGGAGUGCGCCUGCGAAUGCGCAUAGCGCGGUUGCGCCGGAGGUCGAGGGGAGUUGGGCGGGUUCGUCGCCGAGUUCGUCGACGACGACUAUGACCAACUCCAAUUCGGUGACGAUGACGAGUCCUGAUAGCACGGGCAGCGAGAAUGGUCAAAGUGCGGUGCAAUCAAUGUAUCCUGCGGCGGGUCCGUUUAGGACGAGAGUUGUGGAGGAGAACGUGAGCGCGGGCGCUGUGGGGGAAGUCGCAUAUUCUAGCAAUACUAUGAAUGAAGUCACCGUCUCCUACUGUCAUACGGGAGUUCCCGCCUUCGGGGGAGACAUUCCGAUUUCCAUGCCCAUGCAAGGGAUCUCCUCGCAGCCAGUCAUGCAGCAGGACAUGCAGAGAAUGUCCAUGCAGAUGUUCGACGGGGGAUUCGGACAGGGACCAGGAGUCAUUCCGGGCACUGGACAGACCGCACCGCUCUACGAGAAACCACCCGACAGCAGAACAACCGUAUAUCCUCAAAACUGGGGCAACGAUGCCAUCGGACAUCCAUUCAUCGUCCCAUAUUCGGAUUCAUCAUAUUUUUCUUCUAUUAAUACCUUCGAUUCAAAUUCAAUCCCGAUCUUGAAUUCAACCCCAACACCAAACCCGAAUCCGCAACUCCAGAUGCCCCCUGCACCGAUCAGCCAGGCCCAGGUCCCGACUCCCGCCCACGUCCAUCUCGAUCAGACCCUGUCACAGCGAGACACCACCCCGAAUCCGAUUGAUUCCGUGCCAGAAUCCUGGAAAGGCGAAGGCAAGCAAGAACUGCUAGAGAUCUUACUCGAGACGAUCAGCAGCUGCGACGAAAGCAGCGUCGCGCAGGUUGUGGGCGUCGUGCGAACCAGUGCGACACCCGAAGAGGCUGUCUCGGGGAUAUGUCAGGUGCUGGGAAUUAGCGCCGGUAGAGUCAAUGCUCAAUGA